UCUUCCUCUGGAGACCGCCCAGAACCAGAAUUUCCCGUGAAAAUCCACCUCCGUUACCAAAACCCUAGUUGAUGGCGGUCGAUCAGACUCAGUUUCAACUCGCCCAAUUGGCCGUCAUCCUGGGUUCCGAUACGACCCACUUCGAAACCCUUAUCUCUCACCUCAUGUCCUCCGCCAAUGAGCAGCGCUCCCAGGCGGAGUCCCUUUUUCACCUUGCCAAGCAGGCCCAUCCAGACGCCCUAUCUCUCGCCCUCUCCCGUGUCCUCUCCACCUCAACUCACCCCGAGCUCCGUGCCUUCUCUUCCAUCCUCCUCCGCAAAAUCCUCACCCCCUCCGGGGACUCCUUCCUUUUCCCCAACCUUACCGAGCAAACCCAGUUCACCAUCAAAUCUUAUCUCCUCACGACUCUCCAAUCCGAGUCCUCCAAACCAAACACCAAGAAAUUAUGCGAUACUAUAUCCGAACUUGCUUCCGCCAUCCUCCCAUCAGGUGGCUGGCCGGAGCUAUUGCCUUUCAUGUUUCAGUGUGUGACCUCGGAUCUCCCCAAUUUGCAGGAACCUGCAAUGCAAGUCUUUUCGAGAUUGGCACAGAGUAUUGGGGAAAAUACUGAAAUUCUAAUUCCUUAUCUGGGAACUCUUCAUUCUGUUUUCUUGCAGUGUAUGGGAAAUUCCAGCAGUUCUGAUGUGAGGAUAGCAGCUUUGAGUGCUUCUAUUAGUUUUGUUCAGUGUCUGUCAAGUUCAAGUGAUCGUGAUAAGUUCCAAGACUUGUUGCCACUGAUGAUGCAGACCCUCACAGAGGCACUGAAUUCUGGGCAAGAAGCCACGGCUCAGGAGGCACUGGAGUUACUAAUUGAAUUGGCAGGGACAGAACCAAGAUUCUUGAGGAGACAGAUAGUGGAUGUGGUGGGUUCAAUGCUGCAAAUUGCAGAGGCUGCUUCUUUGGAGGAAGGUACACGACAUUUGGCAAUUGAGUUUGUGAUCACGUUGGCAGAAGCCAGGGAGAGGGCACCUGGGUUGAUGAGGAAGUUGCCUCAGUUUAUCAGUAAGCUGUUUUCUCUGUUGAUGGAUAUGUUGUUGGAUGUUGAUGAUGAUCCUUCUUGGCACAGUGCUGAGAGUGGAGAUGAAGACGCAGGGGAGACUAGCAAUUAUGGAGUUGGGCAAGAAUGUUUGGAUAGGUUGUCUAUAUCUGUAGGUGGAAACACUAUCCUUCCGGUUGCUUCAGAGUUUUUUCAGGCUUUUUUGGCUGCUCCUGAAUGGCAGAAGCGUUAUGCUGCGCUAAUUGCUCUUGCUCAAAUUGCUGAGGGUUGCUCAAAGGUCCUGAUAAAAAAUCUGGAGCAGGUAACAUCCAUGGUUUUGAACUCAUUUCAAGAUCCUCAUCCUCGUGUACGCUGGGCAGCAAUCAAUGCAAUUGGACAGUUGUCUACAGACUUAGGUCCAGAGUUGCAGAUGCAAUAUCAUCACAGGGUGUUACCUGCUUUGGCAGGAGCCAUGGAUGAUAUCCAAAAUCCUCGAGUGCAGGCCCAUGCUGCUUCAGCAGUGCUUAAUUUUAGUGAAAGUUGCACCCCAGAGAACUUAACACCAUAUCUUGAUGGGAUCGUGAGCAAACUCCUUGUACUCCUUCAGAAUGGGAAGCAGAUGGUGCAGGAAGGUGCCUUGACAGCUUUAGCAUCAGUUGCUGAUUCAUCACAAGAUCAAUUCCAAAAAUAUUAUGAUGCUGUAAUGCCAUACCUGAAGGCAAUUUUGGUGAAUGCAAAUGAUACGUCUAAUCGCAUGCUUCGUGCCAAAUCUAUGGAGUGCAUUAGUUUGGUUGGAAUGGCAGUUGGGAAGGAUAAAUUCAGGGAUGAUGCUAAACAGGUUAUGGAAGUCUUGAUGUCAUUGCAAGGAUCUCAGAUGGAGUCAGAUGAUCCAACAGCAAGCUACAUGCAACAAGCUUGGGCAAGACUUUGCAAGUGCCUUGGGCGGGAUUUUCUCCCUUAUAUGAGUGUUGUCAUGCCCCCUUUGCUUCAGUCUGCUCAGCUUAAGCCUGAUGUAACCAUUACAUCUCAUGAUUCUGAUGCUGAUCUUGAUGAUGAUGAUGAUGAAAGCAUUGAAACUAUUACUCUUGGUGAUAAAAGAAUAGGGAUCAAAACUAGUGUUUUGGAAGAAAAAGCUACAGCUUGCAACAUGUUGUGCUGCUACGUUGAUGAAUUAAGGGAAGGAUUCUUUCCAUGGAUUGAUCAGGUUGCUCCUAUUUUAGUUCCCCUUCUAAAAUUUUAUUUCCAUGAAGAAGUGAGGAGAGCAGCUGUUUCAGCCAUGCCUGAGCUCUUAAGUUCAGCUAAAUUAGCCGUUGAGAAUGGGCAAUCUCAAGGUCGUAAUGAAUCAUAUGUAAAGCAAUUGUCUGAUUACAUAAUACCAGCUUUAGUGGAGGCAUUGCGCAAGGAGCCUGAAGUGGAAAUAUGUUCAAGCAUGUUAGAUUCCUUGAAUGAGUGCAUACAGAUUUCUGGACAAAUUCUUGAUGAAAGCCAAGUUAGGUGUAUUGUUGAUCAGAUUAAACAUGUACUCGUGGAUAGCUCUUACAGAAAACAAGAAAGAGCAGAGAGGGCUAAGGGGGAGGAUUUUGAUGCAGAAGAGGGAGAAUUACUGAAGGAAGAAAACCAACUAGAAGAAGAAGUUUUUGAUCAAGUUGGCGACUUGUUGGGGACCUUGAUCAAAACGUUCAAGUCUUCCUUCUUGCCGUUCUUUGACGAGCUUUCGUCUUACUUAAUACUUAUGUUGGGGAAGGAUAAAACUGCUGAGGAGAGGAGAAUUGCCAUAUUUAUAUUUGAUGAUGUUGCAGAGCACUGUCAAGAAGCAGCUCUUAAGUACUAUAAUACUUUCCUUCCUUUCCUAUUGGAAGCUUGCAAUGAUGAAAACUCAAAUGUUCGGCAGGCAGCUCUUUAUGGGGUCGGCUUGUGUGCAGAGUUUGGUGGAGCUAUGUUCAAACCUCUUGUUCAAGAUGCCCUUUCCAGGCUGGAUGCUGUAAUAAGACAUCCUAGUGCAUUGCACUCAGACAAUGUCAUGGCAUAUGAUAAUGCUGUUUCAGCUCUUGGAAAAAUAUGCCAAUUCCAUCGGGAUAGUAUAGAUGCAGCUCAGGUUGUGCCUGCCUGGUUAAGUUGCUUGCCCAUAAAGGAUGAUCUGAUUGAAGCCAAGAUUGUCCAUGAUCAACUAUGUUUAAUGGUGGAAAGGUCUGAUCAGGGAGUUCUAGGGCCUAACCAUCAGUAUCUUCCCAAGAUAGUUGCCAUUUUUGCAGAGGUUUUAUGUGCGGGUAAAGAUCUGGCAACCGAGCAAACAGCCAGUAGAAUGGUUAAUCUGUUAAAGCAUCUUCAGCAAUCACUACCACCUACUACCCUAGCAUCAACCUGGUCAUCCUUACAGCCGCAGCAACAGUUAGCUUUGCAAUCCAUUCUGUCAUCUUAAACUCCACCUGACUUUUUAGCAUGCAAUUUUGCUUUCUCGGCAAAGCUGAAAACUCCAUUAUAUUUUGAUAUCCUGCCUCCUGCCAUUUUGGAGUGACCAGGUCAUUCUUGUUUCAUUUAUGUGGCAGAAAACUGCCACAUGUGGUGAGUGUGACAUUUUAGUCAUUCAUUUUUCCCCAUUAUGUGUUGAAUGGUGAAUAUAGGAAAGUUUUUGGUAUAGAAUGUGCAGAUACUACAGUACUAGUUGAGUCUUCAUCCAUUCCUAAGUUUAAGUGCGACGUGAUGAAAGGUAGUGUGAACAUUUCAACAUGAUGCUCUAUAAUGGUCGAGUCAGUCAAGGCAAAAAUUUGCAUCAAUUUUGGUGUGUACUUAUACUUUCAUAUGAAAGUAUUAUGGUUAUAUACAGAUUGAUCUGGUGAAAACUCAUGGAUUAUGAUUUUGAUUGUAGAAAAUCUCCAUGAUGUUGCUCCAAAUGUGUUAUUUUAGCGUUGAUUAGAAAAAUGCUUGCACAAGCCAACCAUUUUUUUUCCAUAAUAAUAAAAAAAAGUUGGUAUUUUAUCCUUAAAAUUACACAAAUAUCCCUUAUCUUCAAUAUUUAAUAUUUGCUAAAGUUACCAAAAUACCCUCAUCUUCAACCUCACUAAUCCCUCACUUAUCUCGAUCUUCUUCAACCUCUCUUCAAUUCAUCAUCUUUUUGUUUCAUUUAUCAUCACCCAUACCCUCUCUAAAAUUCUAAUCACAAACCUAAAAAUUCAUCAUCUUCUUCCUCUUUCUUUUUCCUUCCCUCUCCUCCCCAUCUUUCUCCUUUUUCAAAUUGAAUGCGGAACCCAGAUCAACUCACGAGGAAAACCCAAAUCUAGGUUCUCUUGUUCAAUAAAUUAAGGUGAAGGGA